AUGAAUCUCUCUACGGUGGGUAAAGGGCUGUUUGGCACUCAUGUUACCUGGGAAGAUAUUGAGGAAGACAUGCGCAGGGAAAUGCACACCGAUUCUCACUUUGGUCCCAAUAAAAAGGCAGAAAACAUCGGAGAUGGCAAAGGCUUCAUGUCCAGAGUUGUGCUUGUGAACCCAGAUUGGCAAUGUAAGGACAAGGAUCUGCCAGAAAGAUUCAUUGUAAAAAUAGUAACACAAUUGGCUGUGUGCAAAACCUUCGAAGAAGUGGCGGAUAAAAACAACACAGAAAACGUCUUCAACGAUGAAAAAACCGAUCCCGCAAACAGAUGUGGUGCUGCUGUAAUUCAUAACAGGAUUCUGGGUAUUCUUCCAUUUGAUGGCGACUUCAUCAAUAGUUUCUCAAUUCCUUUAUCCGAAAUUGAUCAUAGACUUGAGAACAUUGUUGACAUGGUUUUUCUGGAUGGAUAUUAUGAACCUACCUUACUAUUCCUGUACGAACCGCAUCAGACAACGGCGGGAAGGGCCUCGGUGCGGUACGAUACCAUGCACUUACUGGGAGUUUCCGUAAAUGUAUUCGAUGAGCAGGUUGCCAUUGUGUGGCAAGUGGGAAGUUUACCCAUGGACUGUAACAGGCUUGUGGCUAUACCAAAACCACUGGGUGGAGUUCUGGUGAUUGGAUCAAAUGAAGUCAUAUACUUGAACCCAGUGCCUCCCUGUGGGAUUAGCCUGAACAGCUGUUACGACAACUUUACGAAGUUCCCCUUGAAAGAUUUGAAACAUAUGUCUAUGACUCUGGAUGCUGGUGCAGCAGAAUGGAUUGGUAAUAAUCAUGUUGCAUUGGGUACAAUGGAUGGCAGAUUGUUCAUUCUUACUCUUCUCACAGAUUCUUCAGAAACUGUUAGAUCUCUUGAUAUAGAGCACGUUUUCGAUACGUCCAUUGCUUAUUGCAUGAAUUUAUGUUCUCCUGGCCGCCUCUUCAUCGGUUCUCGACUUGGUGAUUCUCAGUUUUUAGAAUUUAUCGUGGAAAAGGAAGAAAUAAAAGAGGGAUCCUCUCCGGAACCGAAGAAAGCCAAAGUCGAGGAAGAGAUAAACGCGGAUGAGGACGAUCUUGAACUUUAUGGCGAACAAAUUAUUGAACAAGUGGCAACAGUCAAGGAGAAGUACAAAGAGAAACUUAUAUUUUCUGAACUCGAUCAGUUAACUAACAUCGGCCCUAUAAAAGCGAUCACCGCUGGUGGUACCCAUGGAAUUGUUGCUUCUGGGCAUACAGUCAAUGGUUCAAUUUGUGUACUGCAAAGGACGGUGCGGCCAGACAUAAUCACCAGCAGUUUCUUACAAGACGCUCAACAGCUUUGGGCAGUUGGAAGAAGAGAGGAUGAUUCUCACAAAUAUCUCAACGUACCUCGUACACGAUCUUCUCUGAUUCACGAGUUAGGGGAAGAUAUGGUUGAAUUGGAAGAACCCCUUUUUCUGUCGGACGAACCUACCGUUGCAGCAGGAGAGCUAGCUGAUGGUCGUCUUGCUGUUCAAGUGACGUCACUGCGUGUAGCUCUUGUGGCAGAAGAAAAACAACUCCAACAGAUUGAUUUGGAUUCCAAUUUCCCUGUUGUUGCCGCAUCAAUAGUUGAUCCUUACGUGGCUUUACUGACUCAGAACGGGCGCUUGAUGUUGUUCCAUCUUGUUUUGAACCCUGUUGUGCACCUACAGGAAAUUGACAUAUCCAACACUGCAUUUGCCGAAAGAACCGUUCAUCACCGAGCUCCCUUGACGGCACUGUCUAUUUAUCGCGAUAUGAGUGGACUCAUGGUUUGCUCUCAAGAUGCUCUCAUGCCCGAGGAGGAAGAAGACAAGAAAGAACAAGAAGCCCGCGGAGAACAGUUCGAGAACUCUUCUAUACAAUUUCGGUCAAAUGAAAGAGUCGUCCAAUUGCAGAUCGUUCCUAGAUGGCUGUUCGGUGUGUUUCUUCCUACUUACUGCCCCUUCUUUUGCGCAGUUCGUCGAUAG